ACAAACAAGAUAGUAUCUCACAUAUCGAAAGAAAAAAUACUGAAAUAAAUAUAUAAAUAAAUUACAAUAUACUAUUAUAAAUUAGAUAAAUAAUUAUAAAUAUAUAAAUAUCCAUAAUAUUUAAUAGAUAUAAAUAUUUUUAGUUAUAUAUUUAGCAAAAAAAAAAGAUUAAGUACAUAAAAAUUAAAUAUAUAUGUUUUUUAUUCUAUUCCAUAAUUCAUAAUCUUUUAAUCUAUUAAAGUCUCCAAUUAGUAUAUUUUACACGCGAUAAAAAAAAGAUAAUGGAUUUGUAUAUUGUAUGAAGUAUUACUGCAACAAAAAAAUCUUUUUAAAAUAAAAUAAUUAAAUUUAACAAUGGAAAUUAAAAACACAAUUUUAAUAACCGGAUUUGGUCCAUUUGGUAAUCAUAUUAUUAAUGCCAGUUGGGAAGCUGUAAAGGAAUUAAAUAAACUAUGUGCUAAUUCAAAAAAGAUGAAGGAUAUUGAUAUAAUCAUGAAAGAGAUUCCAGUUUCAUAUGAAGAUGUUAUCACGUACAUACCUAAAUUUUGGAAAGAAUAUAAACCUAUAAUAGUUUUACAUGUAGGAGUAAGUUAUAAAGCACAAUGUUUAACUAUAGAAUGUUGUGCUCAUAGUAAUGGUUAUUUAAGACCAGAUAUAUUUAAUAAAUGUCCAGAUGAAAGUAAUAUUAAAGCUGAAGUUUUGGAAACUGAAAUUAAUGUGACACAAAUUUGUAAUAUAAUUAAUGAAAAUUCAAAUGAAACAAAAUGUCAUGCUUGUAUUUCAUAUGAUGCAGGAAGAUAUUUAUGCGAAUAUAUAUUUUAUAAAUCUUUACAAAUUUCAUCUAAAAGAACAUUAUUUGUUCAUGUUCCUGAUCUUGCUCAAUAUUCAAGUAUACAAAGUGCAAAAGGUUUAUUUAAUAUCUUGUAUUAUAUUAUUAAAAAUAUAAAACAAAAGUAAAAAUAAUAAAUUUUAAAUAUAAAUUCAAAUAAUUUACAUAUAUAUGUAAUUUUAUACCUAAUAAAAAUUAACAAAUUUAUUUAAAAUAUCAAAACUAUUUUUAUAAUUUAUUAUUCAUGGUAUACUUGAAUCUAUUUUAUUUAUUUUAAAUUUUUUCAAUAUUCUAAGAUAUUAUAAAUUGAAUAAAACUUGAAAUUAUUUUUUAUUCAAUAAGAUUUAUGUUUUUUUAGAUUUAUCAUUAAAAAAUUUUUUUCAAUAAGAAAUGAAAUAUAUAAUAAGAAACAAGAUAUUUAAAAGUAAAAUUUUAAUUAUAUCUAAAUAGAUAUAAUAUACAAAAAUACACAAAUAUUUUGUGUAGAAUUAAUAUAUACAUUAAUAUAUAUUAUAAACAUAUUUUUGUUUCAUCUAUGAUCCUCCAUGUUGAAAUCUAGUACGUGCGGGUGGAAUAUUAUAUCUAAGCUCUAGAAAUUCUGGUUUUCUAAUCAGAGAUGCUACAUGACCCAUUUGAAUUGUACAGUCAGGGUUUAAAUUUGGAGGUAAUAAUGUACAUUCUCGUUCCAAAAUACAAGCUAAUCCUUCUAAAAGUUCUACAAAUCCCAUUGAUGCUGCAGCUCUACGUAAUCGAUUUACCUCCUAUACAAAAAUAUAAAUAUUAUAGAUUAAAAAAUUUAUAAUUCUCCAUUUAAGGAGAUUAUAUCUUACCUUAUAAAAAUUUUGAGUUUUUUCAGGUAAUUUUCUUGCAUGUCUUAAAAUUUUUUGAAUAUCUGAUUGUAAUCCAAUUUGACGAAUCCAAGAAGGUGCAUUUUGAGUAUAACUUCUUUUUUCAUUUGGUCUAACUGGGAAACUAAUAAUCGCACCUUUAGCUGCAUCAAUAGGACCUAAAUUGCUAAAAUUACCUAACCAAGGUACAACAUCUAAACCUGGCUCCAAAACUGUUAACAUUAAGUUUGACUUCUUUUUUGUAUCUGCCCAUGAAUAUAUAAAACCAUACCAUUCACUAUUUAAUAAACAAAGAGCUACCAUAUUUUCAACCUAUAAGAAA